GGAAUUCCGAGCGGUCCGUGAACGCCUCGCUGAGUGACACUCCGGCAGCCUAAUCCAGAGAGUGAGGAGGAUGCGGAGCGGCGCUCUGGGUCGAUUCGGCGACCUUUAACUUCUUCUCCCCGGGCUGACCGGAGAAACACCCCGCCGUCCCCCAACGCCUUCAUCUUCCUCUUCAUCGCCAGCCCGCCCCGGUUCGUCGGCACCGUCGUUCCUCCCGAACUGGACCCCAGUGGACGCUACGUGGGGACAAUGGAAUCCACGGUUCUCCCGGACAGUAUCCGCCCUCCGAGGCUGCAGCCGGGGAUUGGCUUCGGAGCGACGGGCACGCUGCGCUCCUCCUCCUCCUCCCUGCGACCCGGAGUCACGGUCCCGGUCGCACCGCUGCUCCCGUCGCCGGCCUCGCUGUCCGCUUCGUCCGGGCCUCCCCCUCCGCCGCCGCCGCUGCAGCUGCACAGCCUGUACGGAGGAGUGGGAGCCGGGCUGGGGCCGGGGGCCGGCGGCCACUGCAACCCGGGGAACCCGGCGGUGCUGAAGGAAGCGGUGGAGGCGGUGGUCCGCAGCUUCGCCAAACACACGCAGGGCUACGGCAGAGUGAACGUGGUGGAAGCUCUGCAGGAGUUCUGGCAGAUGAAGCUGAGCAGGGGGGCCGACCUGCGGAACGGCGCUCUGGUCGUUUACGAAAUGGUGCCGUCGAACAGCCCGCCGUACGUCUGCUACGUCAGCCUUCCGGGCGGCAGCUGCUUCGGAAGCUUCCAGUUCUGUCCAACGAAGGCGGAGGCGCGGCGCAGCGCCGCCAAGAUCGCCCUGAUGAACUCGGUUUUUAACGAGCACCCCUCCCGUCGCAUUACAGAUGACUUCAUCGAGAAGAGCGUGAACGAAGCGCUGGCCUCCUUCAAUGGAAACAGAGAAGAGGCUGACAACCCCAACACAGGGAUCGGGGCGUUUCGCUUCAUGCUGGAGUCCAACAAAGGAAAGUCCAUGCUGGAGUUCCAGGAGCUGAUGACUGUGUUCCAGCUGCUGCACUGGAACGGGAGCCUCAAAGCCAUGAGAGAGCGACAGUGUUCCCGACAGGAGGUGCUGGCUCACUACUCCCACCGGGCCUUGGACGACGACAUGCGCACCCAGAUGGCGGCCGACUGGGUGAACCGGGAACAGAGCAUGGCGAGGACCAUCGCUCAGGAGCUGGCGUCGACGGAGCGGGAGCUAGAGGACGCCAGGCUGGCGGGCAGAGAACUGCGUUUUUACAAGGAAAAGAAGGACAUCCUGAUGCUGGCCGUGGGUCAGCUCAGUGCAGCCAACGCAGCCACUCUGCCCUCGCACUAAAAACGACGGCCCCCUCGCCACGCCGUAGGAUCUCUGGUAACAGCGACCAUCGCUUUUAUGAGGCGUUCUUUAACGCGGGGUCAUCUGGCGUCAGCUUGCUCUUUGUUCAUUAAUGGAAACGCUUGUUACUUAACUCUUUGUGCCUAGCAAUCGCAGGAUACUUUAAUUUUAUUUGGAAAAAUAAAUAAAAACUUGCCAUGGUAUCUGAGUAUGAACAGGGGGAUUUACGUUGUUUUUUGGAUUUUAAAGGCCGUCAGCUGCCGGGUCUCAGCAUAAAUACACUAAGUGAGGAAAAGUCAUUCCCUGAGUUCAGGAAACUGCAGGCGGAUUUGAAAAAAUGUCUGUUUUACCGCAGGUGUCUCGCUACGUUUGUUUCUGUCAGCAUCAAAUUAAUGAUUUGGGUCAGGAGUAAAAAAACAAUGACUUUGCUAUACUUAAUUUGACAUGUCGAUUAGUUGGUAGUCGAUUCCUGACUUUUUAAACUUCACCGAAAUGUUCUUUAUUUUCUGAAACGGACAGAUUUCUGAUGGCAAGCCAUGUAGACCAAACUGAUUGUAGAGAUGGCAUAUUUCUGUCCUGGGAUUCCUGCAACCUGUUUCCACUUCACAAACCCUUUAAAGGAACCAGGGCAGUUUCCUUGGGGGAUCAUUUACCCCUCUCUGUCUCCCCGUUGCAUCUGCUAGGGUAAAAGGAGCUUAUCAGCGUGCUUCUAAGGCUACCCUGAACCUUCGUGAUGGACCUAUUUAGGUGGAAGGGUACUAAUUGUUUGAACUUAGUUUAAUUUUGAAUCCCUGUCCUUGUGCUUUUGACUGUUUGUGAGGAAAGUGGUAAUUCGUUCAGUCAAACUAAUAUUUUAUAAUUACAGGAUGCGUAUAUGUUCAGAUGCAAAAAAAAACAUCAACUGCAACCUUACAGGAAUGUCUGUCAAUAUGGAAAAAACAAGAACCGACGAUGCUGUGUGUCUCUUUUGGGACGCGUUAAACAUUUGUUAAUUGCGUAUCGUCUUUCACGGUUUCCUGGUACUUAAAUUCUGUUUCAGCGUGUAACCGCUGCAAAUGAAUCAGAGGUUCUUGGCUACAGGACACAGGGCUGCUUCACCAUCUCUCCUCUGCCACAAAUGAUCCGUUGUGAUAAUUUAAAACUCACUACAGCUGCAAGUUUGAACCAAGAGUGUAGAUUAUAAUUUUAUAUAGUUUUCUUUCUGCGAGGGAGGACCUUUUUUCCUCACUCACGUUCAGGUGGCUGAGCAGUUAAAAACUUCCACCAAGUUUGAAGGUUAUUACUAACGUUGAGGGCACCAAAAUGUUAAUGUAACAGUACAAUGACAAAUGAAAAUCCUUACAACCUAAUGUAAGUUUUUUUUUUUUUUUUUUAUGAAUUGCUUUCUUUGUUUUAGACCUUUUUAUAUGAUUUGUGAACCUGACGCUAGCUGAAUUGCAAUCUGGUGCAGCCCCUCCAAAUAUCGGAGCGAGUCUGAAUGUCGCAUUUGCAAACAGCCGUCAUACAGGAAGUUUACAGGUUUAGCAGGCUAUACGCGAGUAAUAGUGGUUGCAGCAGGUUAGAGUGACCAAGUUAGCAUCGGUGGACUUGUUUUACAAUAAACAGCCCGGCAAACUAAAACAGCAAAGGUUCAGGGUAGCAUCAUCCGAACAGGGCUUAGUGGAAUAGAUUUGUUUGCAACAUCUGGUUUUAUUUUUAUUUCAACCGCUGACACCUGGCGAGCUUUGCAGCUUUAAGUCAAAGUGAACUCAGAGAAACGAAAUCUUGUGAAUGAUCAGUGAAUAAAAAGGGUUUAAAUCACGCAUUGACCCAAUCAUACGUGAUGUUUAGAUCUAUCCGAAGGGCAUGUUGUCUUGAAUACCUUAGAUUUGAUCCCUAUCAUAAAAAAAAAACAAAAAAAACAACAGUUUUGUCAAAGCAGUUUUCUCUUAAAAAAGUUUUUGAAAAUGACCAUUAAAAUAAUAUUAGCAUUUCAGGAAACUUCAGUAUGUGGGUAUUUCUGACUCUGACAGCCCAGCUUUUGCAAAAAUCCCCCAGAGAAGCAAGUUUUUGUUGAUUUUUUUUAAUGAAUUGUUUUCUUUAUUUUAGACCUUUUUGUAUGAUUUGUGACCCUGACACUAGCCGAAUGUUUAUUAUAGCGUACUAUGAACUUUAUAGCUGACAAAGCAACUCUGUUACACUAUUAUAGAUCAUUCUUACGGCAAAUGCAGCGUUAAAAAUGUCAGUGCUCGUCUGGUGUUGAAUAAAAAUGGAUUGCCUUGCCAUGCUUUGGAUGUAUAAAAAUGAAAGUCAGAAUAUUAGCUUGGACCUAAAUAUUUUUUGGUUUGUUUUUUCUGUUUUUGUUCUCAGAGCAGAAUUUGUUUAUCGAACUAUUUCAAGGCAGCAGAUGAUAAUCGAGUUGAACUCGAUAUAUUUUUGAUCCUAUAAUAUAUCCCUACGUUUUAGAAAGAUGAAGACAUUUCAACUAACCGUUGGAAGACUGCAUGUAAACAAGCGAAGUGUUUAAUUGAUAAAUCUUGGCUCCAGUUUAAGGAAAAUCUGGUUCAGAAGCAAGCAAAGUAAAACAGCAACGAGGCACGUUUUCUGCGGCUGGGCACCGAAUCACCAGCAGCUGAAACUUGUUAUCUUAAUGUUUUAGGGAGAUGCCAGUAAAUUAAAAACAUAAGAAGGAGUGCUAUUAAAGACAGAGCAGUUUUUUAUUAUUCUGUUUGCCUUUCCUCUGGGAUUACUGUUCUUUUAUGAAAUUGGAAACAUUUAUCCUAAGACCUGUAAAACUAUGGCAACCUUGAGCCAGAGGCCAGCAAGCUUGCUUUAGACCAGAAGGUAGAAUUUGGCAGAUGUUGAUUUGUUUAUAGAGGCAAAACAGAAAAAAUACUAAUUAUAUAUAAUUUCCUUAUUUGAAUUGGUGGCUAGCUGCAGUCUUUGUUUUCUGCCUGACCACUGGUCCUGUUUGCAGUUUCAGAAGCAUCAUCAUUUUUGGCAUAUUAACGCCCUUCCAUUGUAUUGGAAAGGAUUUUUUUUAUGAUUACAUUUUUAUCCUUUAAAUGGUUAAAAUCAAAGGAUCACAUUUACCUCUAAAUGCUGAAUUCCCUUUAUAUGACAGACUUCGAGUUUUAUUUGGAUUUUGCUUCUGUACAUUUUCAUGUUUGCUUAAGUGAUACUCGGUGUGUGGGUUUUCAGUGAUUCAUUAAAAAAAGUUAAGUUCAAGUAAAAAACAAACUUAAACUAUGUUUCACGGAGCUGUUAAACGAAUGAGGUAUUGAUUUAUUGUCUUCUCAUUUUGUUAAUAAAAAGAUGCCUAUUAAGUGUUGUCUUUUAUACAUGCCAGCCCAAAAUAUCUUCAUGCAAAAGCUUUUUAUGUUAUCUUUUUUAUGCUUAUUCAUGUUUUUUUUUAAUUAAUAUUCAGUUGAGUAUACAUUUCAUAAAUGAAAACACUUUUUUAUUCGCUUGGGCUUUAUGCAUGAUGUUUUGUUUUUUGUUUCAUAUUCUAUAUACAGUAUUGUUUUAUAAAAUUGUGCCUUGAGGGCUAAUUGUGUGUAUUUUCUAUGAGCUUUUUGUAUUCUGUGUUUACACUUUUACUAGAUUUAUAUCAAUAUGUAAUAAAUCAAGAAAAGAAAUAUUG